AUACCUUUCACUGUCAAAAUCCCCCACUAAAUCCAGACCAUAAUUGUGCCGACAUAAAACUUUCAGCGAAAAACAAACAAAAAAGACCUGGUGGCUCCCACGACUGCAGCGUGGCGUGGGUCACUAAAACCGAAAGAAACAGAAGCGUCCUUUUAACCCGCGAGAUUCCGAUCUGUCUAGCGUAGCUUCUACAGAUUCAACCCCAACGAUAUACUUAUAUAUAUAUAUGUAUCAACAAAAACCCCAAACCCCUGACUCGUUUUCUAGCCUUUUCAUUUUCAGACUUUAAACACACAGAGAGAAAGAAUGAGAAACGCAGCUAUGGUUGAAGGAAGUGGACGGCGUAAAAAAUUUCUUUUUUUGGUGUACCAGAGUUUUGGUCUAGUGUUUGGUGACUUGAGCAUCUCGCCUCUUUAUGUGUAUAAGAGUACAUUUUCUGGGAGUUUAAGUAAUCAUCAAACCGAGGAUACAAUAUUCGGGGUGUUUUCGAUGAUUUUUUGGACUUUAACUCUUUUUUCAUUGUUGAAGUAUAUGAUUAUCAUGUUGAGUGCCGAUGAUAAUGGUGAAGGUGGAAUUAUGGCAUUAUAUGCACUCCUUUGCCGAAAUGCAAAAUUCUCUUUACUACCUAAUUAUCAAGCAGCAGACGAGGAGCUUUCUAAGUAUCACAAACCGGGUUACUCAAAUAGAGAUAUGCCUUCCAAUCCCAUCAAAAGAUUUAUUGAGAAACAUAAAAAAGCAAAAACCGGUUUGCUGCUUGUUGCUUUAUUUGGUGCUUGCAUGGUGAUUAGUGUUGGUGUCCUCACACCUGCAAUUUCUGUUCUUUCAUCUAUCGAAGGGCUGAAAGUUCGAGCGACAAAUAUGCCUAAUAGUAUAGUGAUUGUUAUUGCCUGUGUUUUAUUGGUUGGGCUUUUUUUCUUGCAACACCGGGGUGGCCACAAGGUGGCAUUUCUGUUUCCUCCCAUUAUGAUUCUAUGGUUACUGUCUAUUGCUGUUGUUGGCAUCUACAAUGUCAUUAAGUGGAAUCCAAGGGUAUACCAGGCUCUUUCUCCGUAUUAUGUUUACAAGUUCUUUUGGGGCACAGGAAAAGAUGGUUGGACUUCGCUUGCUGGAAUAAUACUAUGUGUUACUGGAACAGAAGCUAUGUUUGCAGACCUUGGCUACUUCACUGCAGCAUCACUGAGGGUCACAUUUUCUUGUGUUAUUUACCCAUGUCUAAUACUUCAAUACAUGGGGCAGGCUGCUUUUCUUUCAAAGAAUUUUUCUGCAGUGUCUACAAGCUUUUAUGCUUCUAUUCCAGAUCCCUUGUUUUGGCCAAUGCUUGUGUUGGCAACUUUUGCUGCAAUAGUUGCCAGUCUGGCUGUUAUAUCUGGCACAAUCUCAGUUGUCAAACAAUGCCAUGCAUUAGAAUGUUUCCCUCGUGUCAAGGUUGUUCAUUCAAGGAGAUGGAUCCAUGGUCAGAUAUACAUCCCUGAGAUAAACUGGAUCCUUAUGAUUCUCAAUCUAGCUGUCACCAUUGGUUUCCAACAUGCAAAACGUAUUGGAAAUGCUUAUGGGAUUGCUUAUCUGACUGUGACUUUCGUGACAACCUGGUUGAUGUCACUGAUCAUCAACCUUGUAUGGCAUAAGAGUCUCGUGUUUUCCCUUUUAUUCAUCCUAUUCUUUGGAUCGAUUGAGAUUAUCUUCCUUUCAUCUACUUUUAUGAGAAUCCCCAGAGGUGAGUGGGUUCCUUUCAUAAUCGCUGCAGUUUUCUUGGUCAUUAUGUAUGCAUGGCAUUAUGGAACCAGGAAGAAGUAUUUAUAUGAUCUACAUAACAAGGUUUCAAUGAGAUGGAUACUAACACAGGGUCCAAGUCUUGGGGUCAUUAAGGUUCCUGGGAUUGGCCUCAUAUACACCGAAUUGGCAACUGGAGUCCCGGCCAUGUUUAGUCAGUUCUUAACCAACCUACCAGCCUUUUAUCAAGUGGUUGUCUUUGUCUGUGUUAAAACUGUUCCUGUUCCCUAUGUACCCCAUAAAGAGCGGUAUCUUAUUGGACGGAUUGGUCCCAAAUCUUACAGAAUGUACCGCUGUAUUGUCCGAAAUGGUUACAAAGAUGUUAAUUACAACGAAGAUGAUUUUGAAAAUGAACUGGUGAUGAGCAUAGCAGAAUUCAUCCAACUGGAAUCAGAAGGUCCUCGAACUCUUGAUGGCACUGUGGAUGGACGGAUGGCAGUUGUGAGGACAUCUGAAAAGUUUGGAACUAGAUUGCGAAGGUCAGAAUCUGCAGGCUUUGGAGAAAGCAGCAGUUCGAACCCUUUGGCCGCCUCUGUGACUCUUAGUAGCUGCAAGUCAGCCACACUGCAGAAUUUGAAGUCUAAGAAUAGACAGGAAUCAACCCCUCUCAACAAUAGGCCAAUGGUUCGUUUUGAGUUGCUGAAUACAAAAUACAGGGAUCUAAAUGUCAGGGAAGAACUUUUGGAGCUUGUGGAAGCUAAGCAUGCUGAGGUAGCAUAUAUUGUGGGCCACUCACAUAUCAAAGCAAAAUCAAAUUCAUCGUAUAUGAAGAAAUUUGUUGUUGGUAUGGUAUACUCUUUCUUACGUAAAAACUGCCGAGCCCCGGCUGUGGGGUUAAACAUCCCUCAUAUUUGCUUGAUUGAGAUUGGUAUGAACUACCUUGUGUAGCUGAAUCUGCUGCUGAUAUAAGCCUCAAGUGCUUUCUGGCAGCCAAAGUUACAGGGGGUUUCUUUUUCUAAUGCCAUUGGCUAUUGGUCAGUGUAGUCACCAAUUUGCUGUUUGACAGAAUUGUCUCGCUCCAAUCUUCACUUGGCAACAUGUUAAGAGGAUGAAAGGUUGCAUUUGAUUUUGAAUGCCAAUUUGUAUAAUUCAUUCUGUUUUAGUACAUUAAGUGUAGAGCUCCUUCUAAUUGGGUUUGCCGAGUACGCUCAGUCUUUAGAUCAUGGACUAAUUCUCCAUAAGCCACGUCCAUUUUGUCUUUCCAGGUUGCUUUUGUAUCUGUGUUACAUAAAUUCAUAUAUGCUGAGCAUGUUUUCUCU